UUCAGACAGACAGACAGUCAGGCACCUAGAGACAGACCGAGUAAACCUCAAAGGCAGCAGGCAGCUCCCCAGCUCCUGGGCUGCCGGCUCCUCCACUCCUGCUCAAACCUAAAAAGUUCCAUGAGGAGGUUCAUCAACAUGGUGCUACGCAGCCUGGUCAGCACUUCUAAGGGCAGGUCCUGGCUGCAGAAGAGAUCAGGGACGCAGGGAAAAGAGGAGGGGAAACUGAAGGCGCCACACAGGGCAACUAAGCUGAUUCUGACAGUUUUCCUAAGUGAUAAUCAGCAGCUGCUGACCGAGGUGCCCAUCACUCCAGAGACGCUCUGCAAGGAUGUGGUGGAAUUUUGUAAGGAGGCUGGAGAGAGCGGCUGCCAACUUACUGAGGUGUGGAGAGGCAAAGAAAGGGCAAUCCCUUUUGAUCAGCUGAUGUUCGAACACCUACAGAAAUGGGGUCAGAGGCGACAGGAAGUGAAGUUCUUCUUGCGUCACGAGGAGUCUCCUGUCACAAACACUAGUCAAGGGAGUCAGACUUCCGAGCAGGACAACAAGAAGAGCAGAGGGAACGCGGACAAACCCUGCGAGAAUGGGGUGGGUAAUCCACGUGUGGAGUUGACACUAUCAGAGCUGCAGGAGAUGGCAAUGCGACAGCAGCAGCAGAUCGAAGCACAGCAGCAGAUUCUGAUAGCUAAGCUCUCCAAUGUGCGCAGUGAGGAGCAGCGCUUGCGGUAUCUAAAGCAGCAGGAUCCCCAUCAGAGCCACUCAGUGUCCGAUAGCGAGAAGCUCCAGAAGUUGAGAGAAAGGGUGGACAGUCAGGAAGCCAAACUAAAGAAGGUCCGUGCCAUGAGGGGCCAAGUGGACUACAGCAAACUCAUCAACGGCAACCUCUCUGCAGAAAUUGAGCAUGUUAGCAGCCUGUUCCAGGAAAAGCAGGCAGAGCUACAGUCGGCCAUGCAAAAGGUGGAUCAUCUCACGCAGCAGCUAGAUGAUCUGCGACGGGGGCGUCUGAACGGGCUGCAGCCUCUGGGGGGACCGAUGACCUGCAAUGCUGCGCUGGAACUACGUAAACUCUACCAAGAACUGCAAAUCCGAAACAAGCUAAAUCAGGAACAGAACAGCAAGCUACAGCAACACAAAGACAUGCUUAAUAAGCGUAACAUGGAGGUGACCAUGAUGGACAAGCGUAUCGGGGACCUCAGAGAGCGUCUCUACAAGAAAAAAGCAGAGCUUGGCCGAAUGAGUGGCCCACCCUCCCCUCAGCCCUCCUCAGGCAGCUCUGGCCGGGUGGCAGCAGUCUGUCCCUACAUCCAGGUCCCGAUGCCUGGGCGACAAGAAGGAGGCUACAAUUUACCUCCCGAUCCCCUAAAGCCACAGUCACUCUCUGCUCCUUCAACAAUCAACCAUGCUCGGUCCAAGUCAGACGAAGACAGGGUGAGGAUGCCUGCUGGCCCAUGGAAGGUCUCAGACUUAGACAUCAUAGUGGACCCUCUGGUGCCAUUCUCAGACUCUAGAGAGGGGCCCGAGGCCCCCACAGACUCCAACUUUACCACUACUAAUGAUGCAAACUGGCCCUCCUUCAGCAAUAGCAGGGUUCUUCUGAAACCCCCAGACUGGAAGGACACAAGACAAGAUCACACCAGUAAGAUGGGUACCUCAGACAAGGAAGCCCCUAAGUUGUUGGGGACAGUAACAGCAUUGUCUAAACAGCCUCCACCCAUCUAUGGAACCUAUCCCAGUGCAGGCCAUCACUCCAUAGUCUGUGCCACUAGCUCUUUGCCCCGCUCUGCUCCUGGUACCUUAGCCUGGCAGAGAGCAGGUUCCCCCUCACAGCAGAUCCAACAGCGAAUAACAGUGCCGCCCAGCCCCACGCCCGGGUCAGCUCUCUUUCCUCAGGGUGAGAGGAGAGAGCCUCCUCUGGCUGUGGCGGUGCAUCCCUUUAUUCCAGACAGAGGGUCUCGGCCUCAGUCUCCAAGGAGAGGCCCUGCCACUAUGAACUCCAGUUCCAUUUACAACAUGUACCUGCAGCAGUCUACUGCCAAAAACUACUCCAGUAGUAGCAAGGCUGCUGUCAAAGCAGUAUACGGAAAACCACUCCUACCGGGCUCCACCUCUCCGUCCCCAGUUCCCCCCUACCAGUCCUCCAGAGAUGAAGUGGACAGGGAAGCUGACCAAGAGAGUGCUCCCCUCCAUCCACCCAUUGUGGAUAACAUCCCUCGCCCUCUAAGCCCAACCAAACUGACCCCUGUGGCCCACUCUCCUCUCCGUUACCAAAGUGACAUAGACCUAGAGGUGCUGAGAAGGAAAUUAGCCAAUGCUCCUCGACCAUUGAAGAAGCGAAGCUCCAUCACAGAGCCAGAAGGACCCAGUGGGCCUAACAUUCAGAAGCUUUUAUAUCAGCGCUUCAACACCCUUGCAGGGGGUAUUGAGGGUGGAGUGAGUGGUACACCUUUCUACCAGCCUGACAGUCCUCUUAGCUACAUGGCCACAGUCCUGGGUGAUGUGGACACUGCCAAUGGAAACCAGAAGGAGUUGAACAUGUUAGCUGGACCUUCAGCAGAGACUAACAUCCCAGACACUCCUACCACCUCUUCUGCAUCACCAACAGCAAAUGCCAAUGAAAACCAGCUGACGCAUACAUCCACAGAAUCAGCGGGAACUCAGUCUGCUGAUGCCUUAGGCCCUUCAAUUAAGGACACCCCUGAGGACAAUCAUAACAACAACCACACCAGUGUUACAGGCACACAACAUAGCUCAGUACCAGAGGCCCACUCUCCUGCAGAGCAGGACACCACAACACAGUCAGACACUUCUCCAUGUGUGUCUAUGGUCAAGCGCACCAACCUGAAGAAGCCGGGAUCUGAGCGGACAGGACACGGCCUGAGAGUAAAGUUCAAUCCUCUUGCACUGCUUUUGGAUGCAUCUCUUGAGGGCGAAUUUGACUUGGUGCAAAGGAUUAUCUAUGAGGUGGAUAAUCCCAGCACUCCAAAUGAUGAGGGUAUCACCCCCCUCCAUAACGCAGUUUGUGCAGGUCACCACCAUAUUGUGAAGUUCCUGCUGGACUUUGGGGUCAAUGUCAAUGCAGCAGACAGUGACGGAUGGACCCCUCUGCACUGCGCAGCCUCAUGCAACAAUGUUCAUCUCUGCAAGCUGCUAGUGGAGUCUGGAGCUGCCAUUUUUGCCACUACAAUUAGUGACGUAGAGACUGCAGCAGACAAGUGUGAGGAGAUGGAGGAGGGCUACAUCCAGUGCUCACAGUUUCUAUAUGGUGUGCAGGAGAAGCUGGGCGUAAUGAAUAAAGGAAUGGUUUAUGCACUGUGGGACUAUGAGGCUCAGAGUACAGAUGAGCUGUCCUUCCAUGAGGGCGACCCUCUCACCGUGAUGAGCCGUAGAGAUGACUGUGAGACCGAGUGGUGGUGGGCCAAGUUUAAUGACAAGGAGGGCUAUGUACCUCGCAACUUAUUAGGGCUGUAUCCUAGGAUCAAACCCAGGCAACGUUCCUUGGCAUAGGUGGCCAAAAGAGACAGAGCUAGCUCCUAUAACAGCACUUGGCAUGAAGCUGUGGGUUGGCACUCUGACCUGUCUUGACCAUCACAACACAGAUCCUACAAGGUGACAAGAUGAUGGAGCACGUCUGGAGCCGGACAAGAUGGUUACCCAAGAGUGGGGAAAUCAGCAGUCUUCCAUUUGCAUCCCAGAUUUUAUUCAUCACUUUGAUGUGAUGUUUUUGCAGUGUCCCUCUUACCCAUAUCUCUGUUGAGGAACAUGUUAGCUUUUCUAUCCUUUCACACAGUGUAAACCUCCUGAGUAUGUGGGUGCAUGUCAGCUGGAUGUGACUUUCAAAGUGCGACGUGAAUGUGAUGAAAACAGUUGGCGGCAGACUGUGCGAUCUAGGAUUCCAUUUUUCAUUGGGAUUCAAGUUGAAAAGGAAACUGUAGGAACUGAUGUUUCAUUUACCAUGGUUAGGAAGUGGCUGAUUCAGGGAAAAGGAAGGAAGGUGCUAGAAAGUGUUAAAAAGAGGCAUUGAGGCUGGUCAAGCUGCAAUUGGAUAAUAAGGAAGUGGUCUAGAAUGAAAACGUGUAUAUUUUUGUAUGUGGAGGAUAUUUUUGGGUCUGAGGAGAUUACAUUUUGUUGUUGUGUGUGAGAAAUUGAGUUUUAAGAGGAUGCAUAAAGAAAAGUGAUGACAAAAAACUAUUGUAGAGGUGUUUUUUUUCCAUCAACCAGGGGAUAUUGACAACAUAUCACAUGGAUCUGUAUUCCUAAACUUAAUUUAAGUUAGGCUUUAUUUUUUUAUGCUACAUAAACGUUUCCCAUUUUAAGGAUUGUUUAUUUAGUGAAUAUAAAAUGAAAUACUUAAAAAAGCUUGAUACAAUAUGGCUGUCAAACAGGCAGGCAAGAGACAUUUAUGCGAAAUGCCAUGUAUAUGUGCUCAAUAAAAUUUCCGUAUUG